CACACACACACGCAAAAUUACUGAAUUGUGAGUGUGAGUAAAGAUGGCACCUAAAACGUCCGGAAAGGCAGCGAAGAAGGCUGGCAAGGCCCAGAAGUCUAUUACGAAGGGAGAUAAGAAGAAAAAGAAGAAGAGGCGUGAGAGCUACGCCAUCUACAUCUACAAGGUACUGAAGCAAGUCCACCCUGACACUGGUGUCUCGAGCAAGGCCAUGUCAAUCAUGAAUUCGUUCGUCAAUGACAUUUUUGAACGCAUUGCAACCGAGGCAUCGCGUCUGGCUCAGUACAACAAGAGAACUACCAUCACCUCCCGGGAAAUUCAGACCGCCGUCAGGCUGCUGCUUCCUGGAGAGCUCGCCAAGCACGCCGUAUCAGAAGGCACCAAGGCUGUUACCAAAUACACCUCUUCAAAGUAACUUGAUCGCGCAAGGUGGCUACUAAAAUAUGAACUCGGCUCCUCUUGGAGCCACAAUUGUU